GCAGCUCCUGGGCGGAAAGAACAGGUUAGACAUCGGACAGGAGCUGCUGCAGGAGGAGCCGCGGCCCCGGGGCCGGGUCACAGCCAGACCGGGAAUUUCUUCAGGAUUAAAUAGUGAGGCUGGUCUAGAUGUCGACUCCUACAGAUUCCUCUGGUGGGAUGCCUCACCCUGGACCAUCUCCAGGACCAUCUCCUGGACCCAUUCUAGGCCCGAGCCCAGGACCAGGCCCCUCACCAGGUUCAGUACACAGUAUGAUGGGUCCGAGUCCUGGGCCUUCAAAUGUAACGCAUGCAAUGACACCUCAGGGCCAAAGUGACUACCAGCAGGACAGCAUGCACCAGAUGCACAAGCCUAUGGAUGCAAUGCAUGACAAGGGCAUGGCUGAAGAAAUGCAUUACGGUCAGAUGAAAGGCAUGGGCAUGAGGCCUGCUCAUGCUGGAAUGGGCCCACCUCAGAGUCCUAUGGACCAGCAUUCUCAAGGAUAUAUGUCUCCUCAUCCAUCUCCGAUGAGUGUACCAGAACAUGUGCCUAGUCCGCUUUCAGCGGGUGGCCCCACUCCUCCUCAGAUUCCACCAACUCAGACUGUUCCGAUGAUGCAAGGAGACCCUCAAGCUAUGCCUCAGCAGAACAGAGGCACUUCACCCUUCAAUCCAGUUCAGCUUCACCAACUGAGAGCUCAGAUUCUAGCAUACAAAAUGCUUGCAAGAGGUCAACCUUUGCCUGAUAACCUACAGCUUGCUGUUCAGGGAAAGCGGUCACUACCCAGUAUGCCACAACAGGCAGCCCCAGUUGCCUACAACAGACCACCCAGUAUGGGCAUGCACUCAAUGGCUGGGCAGUCUGCAGGACCUUCACAAGGAAUGCCAGGACAUGUUCCUAAGCCCUGGACAGAAGGGCAAGCUAAUGAGAUGGGUGUUCCUAAUACUCCUCAAAAGAUGCCACCUCAGGCUAUGUGUGGAAGACCUUCUCCUGCACCAGCUGUGCAAUCAGCUGUGUCUGGCCCUGGAGCUUCACUUCCACAACAGCCAGUUGUCCAGCCUUCACCUGCUAUACAACUUCAACAGAAGCAAAAUCGUAUAACGCCAAUCCAGAAACCACAGGGCUUGGAUCCUGUUGAAAUUCUUCAGGAACGUGAAUACAGGCUUCAGGCUCGAAUUGCUCAUCGAAUUCAAGAACUUGAAAACCUACCUGGAUCUUUGCCACCGGAUUUGCGCAAUAAAGCUACUGUUGAAUUGAAGGCUCUUCGUCUACUGAACUUCCAGCGGCAGUUGAGGCAAGAGGUGGUAGCCUGCAUGCGCCGUGACACGACUCUGGAAACGGCACUUAAUGUAAAGGCAUACAAACGCAGCAAGCGCCAGUCACUGCGGGAGGCUCGUAUCACAGAAAAGCUGGAGAAGCAGCAAAAGAUCGAACAAGAGCGUAAGCGCAGGCAGAAACAUCAGGAAUAUCUCAACAGCAUUCUGCAACAUGCAAAGGACUUCAAAGAGUAUCACCGUUCAGUUACUGGAAAAAUACAAAAGCUCUCCAGAGCCAUUGGCACUUGGCAUGCCAACACUGAACGUGAGCAGAAGAAAGAAACUGAGAGGAUUGAGAAAGAAAGAAUGAGGAGGCUGAUGGCAGAAGAUGAAGAAGGCUACCGCAAGCUGAUUGAUCAGAAAAAGGAUAAGCGUCUGGCAUACCUACUUCAACAAACUGACGAGUAUGUUGCAAGCCUCACGAAACUGGUCUACGAGCACAAGGCUGCCCAGGCAGCUAAAGAGAAGAAAAAGAAGAAGAAGAAAAAGAGGCAGAAAACUGAGGAACCUGGAGAAGGAAUGAGCUCCAGCCUUGGUCCUGAUGGAGAGCUUUUGGAUGAAAGUAGUCAGAUGAGUGAUUUGCCAGUCAAGGUUAUUCACGCUGAAACUGGUAAAGUUCUCCAGGGUCCAGAGGCUCCGAAAGCUGCCCAAUUGGAUACCUGGCUUGAAAUGAAUCCAGGGUACGAAGUAGCCCCUCGAUCAGACAGUGAGGCGAGUGGGUCAGAAUAUGAAGAGGAAGAGGAGGAUGAAGAAGCCCUACUUGCGCCUGGCACUGAAAAAAAGAUCAUUGGCCCGAACAUUGAAGACGUAUCAGACUUUUUCGCCAAACAGAUAAUUGAAUGUGCUAAACAAGAUGUUGACGAUGAAUAUAGCAUGAGAGCAGGGAUGAAGGGUUCCCAGUCAUAUUAUGCAGUGGCUCACGCAGUGACUGAGCGGAUAGAGAAACAAUCCAGUCUCCUUAUCAAUGGAAUGCUGAAGCAGUAUCAGCUUCAAGGACUGGAAUGGCUGGUUUCUCUGUACAACAACAAUCUGAAUGGCAUUCUGGCAGAUGAAAUGGGCCUGGGAAAGACUAUCCAGACUAUAGGACUAAUCGCUUACCUGAUGGAGCACAAGAGACUUAACGGACCUUAUCUCAUCAUUGUACCUCUCUCAACUUUGUCCAACUGGGUUUAUGAAUUUGAUAAGUGGGCACCAUCAGUUGUGAAGAUUUCGUACAAGGGAACUCCAGCUCUGCGACGGUCAUUUGUUCCAACGCUACGCAAUGGAAAAUUCAAUGUUCUUCUAACCACAUAUGAAUACAUCAUUAAGGAUAAACAUGUCCUUGCCAAGCUUCGAUGGAAAUACAUGAUCGUAGAUGAGGGUCAUCGUAUGAAGAAUCACCACUGCAAGCUGACGCAGGUGUUGAACACACAUUAUGUUGCACCUCGUAGGGUUCUCUUGACUGGAACUCCAUUGCAGAACAAACUGCCAGAACUCUGGGCCCUUCUAAACUUUCUGCUGCCGACCAUCUUUAAAAGCUGCAACACCUUUGAACAAUGGUUCAAUGCUCCAUUUGCCAUGACUGGAGAAAGGGUAGACUUGAAUGAGGAGGAAACUAUCCUCAUUAUCAGACGUCUCCACAAAGUGCUGCGUCCUUUUCUACUGAGGAGGCUGAAAAAAGAAGUGGAAUCCCAAUUACCAGAAAAGGUUGAAUAUGUCAUCAAAUGUGACAUGUCUUCUCUACAGAAGGUUCUGUAUCGUCACAUGCAAGCUAAGGGAAUUCUUCUAACUGACGGUUCUGAGAAGGAUAAAAAGGGUAAAGGUGGUGCUAAGACCCUCAUGAAUACCAUAAUGCAGCUGAGAAAGAUAUGCAAUCAUCCCUUCAUGUUCCAGCACAUAGAGGAAUCAUUUGCUGAACAUUUGGGUUACAGUGGAGGAAUCAUCACUGGUCCUGACCUUUAUCGAGCUUCAGGAAAGUUUGAGCUAUUGGAUCGUAUUUUACCAAAACUACGAGUUACGGGUCACAGAGUACUGCUGUUCUGCCAGAUGACUUCGCUGAUGACCAUCAUGGAAGACUAUUUUGCUUACAGGAGCUUCCUGUACUUGCGCCUCGAUGGUACAACUAAGGCAGAGGACCGUGGUGCUUUGCUAAAGAUGUUCAACGAGCCAGGCUCAAAGUAUUUCAUUUUCUUGUUGAGUACCCGAGCUGGUGGCCUGGGCCUGAACCUCCAGGCUGCGGAUACGGUCGUUAUCUUUGACAGUGACUGGAACCCACACCAGGAUUUGCAAGCCCAAGAUCGAGCUCAUCGUAUUGGACAGCAAAAUGAAGUCCGUGUUCUGCGCCUUUGCACUGUUAACAGUGUAGAGGAGAAGAUCCUGGCUGCUGCCAAAUACAAACUGAACGUGGAUCAGAAAGUUAUCCAGGCCGGUAUGUUUGAUCAAAAAUCUUCAAGCCAUGAGCGUCGAGCUUUCCUGCAGGCUUUGCUGGAACAUGAGGAGCAGAAUGAGGGGGACACGAUUUCGUCUUCCUGCAGUGCUACCUGGGAAGAAGAUGAGGUUCCUGACGAUGAGACCCUGAAUCAAAUGAUUGCAAGGCACGAAGAGGAGUUUGAAUUAUUCAUGCGCAUGGAUCUAGAACGGCGGAGAGAAGACGCACGCAAUCCUAAACGCAAGCCUAGGCUGAUGGAAGAGGAUGACCUGCCAUCCUGGAUCAUCAAGGAUGAUGCAGAAGUUGAACGGUUGACUUGUGAGGAGGAGGAGGAGAAGAUGUUCGGACGAGGUUCACGUAUGCGCAGGGACGUGGACUACAGUGAUGCUCUUACAGAGAAGCAGUGGCUAAGGGCAAUUGAAGAUGGUAAUCUAGAAGAAAUGGAAGAGGAAAUUCGCCAGAAGAAAGCACGCAAACGCAGAAGAAAUGUAGAUAAAGAUUCAUCAAAGGAUGAAGGAAAGAAGAAAAAGAAGAGAGGCAGACCUCCAGCCGAAAAACUGUCUCCAAACCCACCAAAGGUCACAAAGCAGAUGUCUGUAAUUAUAGAUACAGUUAUAAACUACAGAGAUGGUAUGGGUCGACAGUUGAGCGAGGUUUUCAUCCAACUACCCUCUCGAAAAGAGCUGCCUGAAUACUACGAGCUUAUCCGAAAACCUGUGGAUUUCAAGAAGAUAAAG